AUCGGAAAAGGUGCAUGUACAAAAACGCUAAAAGUAAAACAAUAAUAUUUUAAUUAUUAUAGCCAGGCCCAGGAUACUUGAAUAUUCAUGUACUGCUACGUACACCCGCUGCGUACACCAGUCAGCGCAUCGUAUUGGCGCCGCGUCAUCUUUAUGCGGCCAAAAUAUGUCAUCAAAACGCUCAAUUUCUUUUCAGAAUCGGAAAUAACAAUGAAUCAUUGGCACGGAUUUAGAAAUGUUUUUAGAAAUAAUCAGAUGUAAUACGAACUUUGAUAGCUAUAUUCACGCCCGAGUUUAACCAAUUCGCACCUUGCCUUUUUCUGCGCCAAGGCACUUGACAGUGUGUGUUAUGUCCUUAUUUUCGACAAGAUAGUUAACGGAGCUUGCAAGACAUCUUUGCAAACAUGUCGGCGCAGGGGGACUGUGAGUUUUUAGUAAAAAGAGCUCGGGAACUGGUUAGUGAUGAUCCAUGGGCUGCCAAAGCGUGGCUAAUAACUGCUCGAACACUUUACCCCGCAGAUUUCAACAUACAGUAUGAAAUGUAUACCAUCGAGCGGAACGCGGAGAGGACAGCUUCUGCUGGCAGGCUACUUUACGAUAUGUUUGUGAACUUCCCGGAGCAGCCGGCGGUUUGGCGGGAGAUCACGGUGAUCACUGCAGCGCUGCGGAGCGACUGCCAAGACAAACACGCGCUGUUCCUCAGAGGCCUGUUUGAGACCCUGCCUGGCCGUGUUCAGUGUGAGAUGCUGCUGAAGGCCACGGAGCAGUGCUUUAACACCCUGGAGAAGGCUGAGAUGCUCCUGCUGCUGCUGAGACGCUUCCCAGAGUCUGUGGUUCAGCAUGGGGUGAGUCUGGGAGAGACUCUUCUCGAUGCUGAGAGCAACGAGGACCUGGAGUCGCCCGUCAACUGUUUCAGGAAGCUGUUCGUAUGUGACGUCCUGCCGCUGAUCAUCAACAACCCUGACAUGCGCCUGCCUGCCAGCCUGCUCUACAAGUACAUGCACAAGGCCGCAGAGUUCUACAUCGGCUACGUGACGCGCGGACCCUCCGCCGACAGCACGCUGCCGGGUUCUCAGGAGGGCGUGGGCCUGAAGUCCCCCGGUGCCCUGCGGGGCUCUCAGCGCUAUGUGAUUGACGGGCUGACGGAGAAGUCGUCCCUGGUGACGGAGCCCUGGGAGCGGCUGCUGGAGAUCCUGGCCAUCGUGGGGGCGCGCUGCGAGUGGCAGGGGGACAAAGGGAGCCGGAGCUAUGUGGAGAUCCUGCAGCGCAUGAAGGAGCUGUGUCGUUACCUGCCCAGCCUGGAGGGGGAGACGCAGUCCUGCUGCCGCAGUCAGGUGGUCACCUGCACCACCCUGGUGCUGUUCCACAGCGCGUACCUGUACGUCAGCGCUGUGCAGCCCGCUCUCUUCCAGGCCCACAGCAGCCCUGGGGCCGGGCCCUGGAUCCUGCUGGAGGACCUGUCCUCUGUGUUCAGCGAGGCUGAGCUGGAGAGGGGCUCCAAACACGCUCACAAGAAGCGCAAGCUGGGAGACGGCAGGGAGAAGACCAUGAGCUCUGAUGAUGAAGAUGGCAGUGGGAAGGGUCGCGGGCGGCACAUCCUGGUCAGUAAAGCGGAGAUGCCGGGCUGGGCAGACAUGUUGGACAGCUUCCGCACGGCCAGAGAGAGCUGGGACCUGCUGCACUCUCACGAGGCCCUGGAGACUGAGUUCAACAGGAUCUGUGCCUCCUGGAAGACAGAGAACUGGCUGUGGCUGAGGAUCUUCCUUACGGACAUGAUCAUAUACCAGGGGCAGUACAGGAAGGCUCUGGCCAGUCUGCACCAGCUGGCCUCCUUCCAGCCACCCCAGCCGGGGCAGAUGGGCUCCCCAGGCAGCCUUGAGCACCAGCGUGCCCUCAUCCAGCUGGCAUCCUGCCACUACGCCCUGGGCGAGCACCGGCUGGCAUGUGAGAAAGUUCUGGAAGUGGUGGGGGGGCUGGUGCCCCAGGCUCCGAACCCAAGCAAGCCGAGUGAAGAAGUGCCCAGGACCAGGACAAAAUUUCGUAAAGGAACAGACCUGCGACUGCUGCCCUGCACCAGCAAGGCCAUCAUGCCCUUCUGCCUGCAGCUGAUGCUGGCCUGCUUCAAGCUCCGUGCCUUCACUGACAACAGAGAUGACCUGGCCCUGGGUCAUGUGGUCGUCCUUCUGCAACAUGAUUGGCCGCAGGGUGAGGCGUUGUUCCUCAAAGCGGUGGAUAAGAUCUGUCAGCAAGGCAGCUUCCAAUAUGAAAACUUCUUCAACUACGUCACCAACAUUGACAUGCUGGAGGAGUUUGCCUACUUGCGAACCACGGAAGGGGGCAAAGUUCAGCUCGAGCUGCUGCCCAAUCAGGGCAUGCUCAUCAAGAACCCCAGCCUUGCCCUGGGGCUGGUAUCCCAGGAGUUUAAUACCCUGCUGCUGCCUGGGGUGCAGACCGCUGACAGGCACCACACGGUGACUCGCGGCAUCACUAAGGGAGUGAAGGAGGACUUCCGUCUGGCCAUGGAGCGACAGGUGUCACGCUGUGGCGAGAACCUGCUGACUGUGCUGCACCGGUUCUGCAUCAACGAGAAGAUCAUCCUGGUCCAGUCGCUUCCUUGACUACAUGUCCCAACACCCCCUGACCGUUGACCGCUCAUACUAUGAAACAAAACGGCUGAGCUCUUGGGACUUGUCUGAUACUCGGCUCCAGCUGACACUCACUCACUCCUUAACUAUAAGAGGUCCUUGUUGCUAACAGGUGUUUUUAGCACUGUGGAGCACUAUAUGAGGUGUUCUUCCAUUUUUGCUUGGUCUCCCACUGAAUGACUUUAAGGAAGAGGGGUCAGAUUAUGUUGCUUUGGCUUCAGUGCAUUUUAGCGUUCAAGAUAUGGAGCUCAGUGUCUGGUGGAUGUGUAGAAUCUGGUUUCAUGUAAUAGUGCUGACCAAAGACAGGGCAGCCCAGGUCAAUUUAUUUUUAUAUAAUUUUCUGUAGCUAUAGUUCGUAGCUAUAGUUCAUAGGUAUACUGAGACAAAGAAAAAAAAAAAAUGUUGACGCGUGACACAUUGACAAUUGACUUUGAUAUCGUCAGUAAAAUAUAUGGCUUGGGGUGUAUCUCACACAGUGGUAUCAUCGAUAAUAGUCAGUUUACACGUCUCACCAUGCCAUUGGAAAGUGCUUCCCUGAGAGUGAAUGUUUGUGGUCUUGUGGCUGGCAUUAUCCAUGCACUUUGGUGAGGUUCAUGGUUGCAUAGUUGGUGUUAUGAGUACACUUCUUGCUGUAUAUUUGUACUGAAUUUCGUAGAUGGGUGUUUUUCACCAGAAAGAAAAUUAAGUGCUGGUUGCUGGUUAACUUACAAACCUGCUCUCUACUCAUGUGCUACCAACCAUAGAUGUCCAAUGUCAAGUCCAUGUUUUGAAAUGUGUUUGACUGUUGUGGAAACUGUUCUAUUGAGAAUUAGACAAGAUAGCUCUUAAAGUGAUUUCCUGACAGUUGGUAUAUGUCUGCCAAUUAUACUUUGUUGCAUCUUUAAUGAAGUCAGAUUGUACAGUA